AUCCUUCACAAACCACGAAUUCCAUCUCCACUCUCAUCGCAAUGGCCUCCCGCUUGGCUAGAAGCGCCGUCGGCGCUACCCGGCUCCGACCAGCUCUCCCGGCUCGCUCUUUUCCCGCACUCUCUUCCCUGACGACGACCCGAUUCGCGUCCAAUGUCCCGAGUGAGGACCCCAAGCAGAAGGCUCAGUCCAUCUUGGACUCCCUUCCCGGAAGCUCCUUGGCUUCCAAGACCGCGAUCCUUUCCGCCGGUGCCGGUCUCUCCAUUGCCGCCAUCAGCAAUGAGCUCUACGUCGUGAACGAGGAAUCCGUCGUCAUGUUCUGUCUCCUCAGCGUCUUCUGGGCUGUCGGCAAGUACGGUGGUCCUAUGUACAAGGAGUGGGCCGAUGGUCAGGUUGCCAAGCUCAAGGGCAUCCUGAACUCUGCCCGUGAGGAUCACACCAGUGCGGUUAAGUCCCGCAUCGAGAGCGUCCAGCAGCUUGGCGGCGUCGUUGACGUGACCAAGGCUCUUUUCGAUGUCUCGAAGGAGACCGCCCACCUUGAGGCUCAGGCCUUCGAGCUCGAGCAGAAGACUGCUUUGGCCGCCGAGGCCAAGACCGUCCUCGAAUCCUGGGUUCGCUAUGAGGGCCAGGUUAAGCAGCGCCAGCAGCGUGAGCUUGCCGAGUCGAUCAUCGCCAAGAUCAACAAGGAGCUCGAGAACCCCAAGAACCUUCAGCAGAUCCUCAACCAGAGCGUCGCUGACGUUGAGAGAAUUGUCGCCUCUAAGACCCAGUAGAUUCCUCAUCUCCAGUUGUCUUUGCUGAAGAGAAAUGUUCAAUUAGAACCUGUUACAUAGCAACUGUGGAAUAGUCAAUGAUCGUUGAGGUGUCAUAGAGAUUGAACGUCGUCAAUUCGUGAUGCUUAUGAAUGGUGGGAUAUAUGAAUUUUGGAACCUAAAACACAUGCCCGAUUAUGUGCCACUGAUCACUGUAAAUGUAUCCAUGGGUAAACAAUGAAGAUCCAAGAUCUCCAAAGGCGACACAGUAUUGGAAUAAGGAUGUGAAAGGAAAUCAGACACACACCACAAUUUCGAGAUCUAAAGAGAAGAUCAGUGGCCCUAUGGCCUGAGUUGGGCCACUUAUCAAGGCUCACCGCGUCUCCUAUUCCUUUCCUGAUGCUCACUUAGAUUUUAGAACAAAAAGAAGUUGAAAGAGACCAAAGUGCCUCUAAUGUCUACGACUCUUUUAACACGAUUCCAUUUUGCGUCUACCUAGCAAAUUUUACGGGAU